ACCAUGUAAGUUUUGUAAACUCGUGAAAUGGAAUUUUCGUUUCAAUUGUAAUCCCUUUAAUACAUUUAUGACUAGCCCUAGAUGAAAACAAAAAUGGACGGAAUUACAGCCGAGAUGCUUCAAAAUAAAGGGGCAACAUUUGUCUUCUUAGGAGUACCCAAAGGUACGGUUUUCGGUAUCGAUUUGAAAUGUUGGCGUACAGAUGAAGAAUUUCGUGGUAUAAGAUUAAUACCUCCAGGAAUGCACUAUAUUUAUUACGCAUCUUCAUCAGAAACAGAAUUAGACGAUGUUUCUCAAAGAUCUGGAUUCUUUCAAUAUUUUAAUGAAAAUGACAUUAUUGUUAAAAUGUGGGACAAACAAACAGAGGAUGUUAGUACGGAAAUUGUGAAUGAAGAAACUGUGCAACGGAUAAGACUGAACCUAAGUAAUUUAGACAGAUAUCUUGCUCCAUAUCCAUAUGAUGUUUGGUCUCGAUGGCACUGUCUAACUAGGCAAAUAACAGCACCUUUAGCUAAAAAGCUUUCCCCAGAAAAAGGUCUCAUAAGGUCAGAAGAGUUCCAUUCUGUACCUGAUUCAGAGAGACCUAGAGGUGUAAAAAAGUCCAAAGAUUGUUCAGAAGAUGGAGAAAAGCAGAAAACUAUGGAAGAUAGUGGAGAACCAUCUCCAGGGACAUCUGAAAAUUGCAGUAAAGGAGAGAGCUCUGCUCAAUCAAGUCCUGGGUGUUCUGGUUCUAGAAGAUUGAGUAGAAUGACAGAGAAAGAGAGAGAAGAUGCUAUGUUACCUAAUUUAAAGCCAGUUGAAGGCACAGUUAUGAGAUUUACAGAAAUACCGAGGAAUAAAUACCCACCUGGCUCUACACCAAUGGAAAUAACAAAGCAUCAUCUGGACCAGUCUUACACUUUAGAGUUCAUAAUUUCUCAACAUGAAGAACCUCUUAACAUCGUUGGCGAGUUGCAAUUUGCAUAUACAAUAUUUCUUAUUGGUCAUUAUUGGAAUGGUUUCGACCACUGGAGGAAUCUUGUUAUAUUAUUGUGUUCGUGUGAAGACGCCAUAAAUAAAUAUAGAGAUGUUUUUAUACAUUUUAUAGCAACUAUUCAUUACCAAAUGAAGGAAUUACCUCUAGAAUUUCUCUGCGGAAUUGACAUGGAUCAAAAUGUUUUCUAUAAAAAGUUUCGUGAAUUAUUCCGCAAUGUGAAUGGAGCGAAUUCAAGUCAAAAGAUAGUAAUGAUGAUUGAGAGAUUUAAACAAAACUUGGCAGAAUUAUUUCAAUGGCGGUUUCCGAAUGAUGAUACUGAUGAUGAAGAUGACAAACCAGUUGUUGUAGAAACGGAGGAAAUUAAUGAAUGAACUGAUAAAUAA